AUGCAGAAAUCAGGUCCUACAUCUCUAUAUGCUUUUAAGCAACAACUGGAUGCAUUUAUUAAGUUCCAUUCGUUGUCAUCUCAAUGGAGACCUCUGGUUUAUCGUCCUCGUAAUGCCGACCAAUUAACUUCAAUGAAUGCCGUUGAUAAAUUCAAUAGACCUUUAACCCCACAAAAGUAUCCAGGUACUCCAUCUCAGGCUAAAUUUGAGAAAUUUGUUAAGUUAUUGGUUGACCCGGAAGAAGUGCGUCUACUUAGAAGUUCCUUUAAAGAUCUUUUUAAAUUGAGAUUGUCUAAUAAGGGUAAAAAGGAUAUCAAAUAUAUCAAACCUUCAAUGAUCAACAUGUUUCUGUAUAAAUCAUUUGCCCUUAAUUACAAGCUUUACUCUGAGAAUUUGUUAUUUUUAAAUCAAGUUUGUGAGGAAGAUUCUGUUUGGAGUGUGAAAAAUACCGAAGCUGUUGCAUUCUUAACUUCAAUGUUACUUAAAUAUAAUCCUCAAUUGGUUACUUAUGAUCAAUUCAAUAAGAAACUCCAAUAUUACAUCAAAAGGGCAAAUUUGGAUCCAUCAAAAUCAAUUUUAUUUAAUGCAUCUUCAUUAAUUGCAUCUAUUUAUUCGGGUAAAAUAGACAAUAAUGCUCUUGAUAAUUUGGAUAAAUUAACUAGCGAGAGAGUCUAUAAAGUUAGAGAAGGUGCUCCAUAUCUAGAAUACGACCAUGCUUAUUCUAUAUUGACUGCAUUGAAGGAAGCUGCCAAUGUUGCACAAGAUGAGAAAUUGAAUAAUAUUCUUGAAAGAUGGAAUGGAUUUCUCAAUGAUGUAGCUCAAAUUAAAGAUAUUGAGAGUGCCUAUGAAGGUAUAGUGGCAAACCCACCUUUAUUGGAAGCUGAACAACAAGAAGAGGCUUCCUCGUAG